UCGACAACCACCACAAGCAACACACGCAGCUGCACACGCACCCACGCAUCCGCAGCACCACCAUAUUCCGCCUCACGCCGCUCCGCCCCGCGCUCCAGGCCGUCGCCGCUGCCGCCAUGCCCCGCGCCUCGCGCACCUCCACACGCGGCGCCGCUGCCGCCGCCACGCCCACCAAGGCCGGCUCAUCAGCCUCGCCGCCGCCGGCCGCGCCGCGCUCGGCCACGCGCAGCAGCGUCAAGCGCGAGGUCAAGGCCGAGCAGCCCAGCACGCCGUCGCCGUCCAAGAAGACGCCCGCCUCGACGCCGGCGUCGCAGGCAAAGGCGGCCGAGAAGAAGAUUGCCUCGCUGCGCGCCUCGCUCGACGAGGGGCCCUUCCCCACGUGGGCGCGCCCCACGCCGCAGGACUGCCAGGAAGUGGCGCAGCUGCUCGCCGACGCGCACGGCUACCGCGCCAUUCCGACGGGCAAGAAGGCGCAGAAGAAGGAGGAGAGCUUCGGCGGCUGCGGCAAUGUCUCCAACGUGCUUGAUGCGCUGAUCCGCACCGUCCUCUCGUGCAACACCUCGUCGCGCAACAGCACUGCCGCGCACAAGGCCAUGGUCGAGGCGUACGGCAAGAACAACUUCCAGGCGCUGCUCGAUGCGCCGCACGCCGAGCUCGCCGCGACGAUCCGCUGCGGCGGCCUGCACGACCGCAAGGCCGGCAUCAUCCAAGGCAUCCUCUCCCGCACCCUCGAGCUGCACGGCAAGCUCUCGCUCGACCACCUGCACGGCGCGCCAUCGCGGCAAGUGAUGGAAGAGCUCGUCGCCUUCAACGGCGUGGGCCCCAAGGUGGCCAGCUGCUGCUCGGCCUUCUGCAUCGGCAACGACGAGAUGGCCGUCGACACGCACGUGUGGCGCCUCUGCAAGGCGCUCGGCUGGGUGCCGGACAAGGCGACGCGCGACCAGACGUACUACCACCUCUCGUCGCGUGUGCCCGACGACCUCAAGUACGGCCUGCAUGUGCUGCUCAUUUCGCACGGCAAGCGCUGCCCGAACUGCUCCGCCAAGGGCUUCGCCACGGUCAAGGACGAGAUUCGCACUCCCUCGACCUCCCCGGAGCCUGCCGCCAAGCAGGAGAACGGCGUCAAGCAGGAGGAGGGCGUGAAGAAGGAGGAGGCAGACAGCGGCGACGAGGAGAGCGAGACGAAGGAUGCCCGCGCGCUGCGCGACGGACGGCCAGCGCUCAAUGGCUGUGCACUGCGCAACGCUGGGCUGCUCUCCAAGGGCAAGGCGCGCAAGGUCAAGGCUGAGGCCAAAGAGGAGGCCAAGGAGGAGGAGACGGAGGAGAAGCCGGACGCAGAGGAUCAGCUCAAGCGCGAGUCUAGCGUCGGUGCCGCGGGCGAGCGGAGAAGCAAGCGCGCACGGAGGAGCCAGGCAUGA